AUGGCCAGUCCAGUGUCCCCUCCAGAGGACCAAAGUCGUCUCCUCGAGGAGGCUCUCGGGGUGGUCCGACAGCAGUCGCAUAUGAUGCGGAAAUGCUUGGAGACUCCUGGGAAACUGAUGGAUGCGCUCAAGUGCGGGUCGACGUUGGUUUCCGAACUACGAACGCCCAGCUUAGGUCCCAAGCAAUACUACGAAUUGUACAUGGCGGUUUUCGAUGCGCUGCGCCAUCUCUCCGUUUACCUGAAAGAGAAUCAUCCCGUCAACCAUCUAGCUGAUCUGUAUGAGUUGGUACAGUACGCAGGCAACAUCAUCCCCCGGCUCUACCUGAUGAUCACGGUCGGCACGGUAUACAUGUCGGUGGAGGAUGCUCCGGUCAAGGAGAUCAUGAAGGACAUGAUGGAGAUGAGUCGAGGAGUGCAGCAUCCCAUUCGCGGGCUGUUCCUACGAUACUACUUGUCCGGACAGGCGAGAGAUCACCUUCCCACCGGCUCCGGGGAUGGGCCCGAAGGCAACCUGCAGGACUCGAUCAACUUCGUCCUGACGAAUUUCGUGGAGAUGAACAAGUUGUGGGUGCGGUUGCAGCAUCAAGGUCCCUCGCGGGAAAGGGAAAAGAGGAUGCAGGAGCGCCGCGAGCUGGAACUGCUGGUGGGCAGCAAUAUCGUCCGGCUUAGCCAGCUGGUCGAUCUCGAACGCUAUAAGUCCGGGAUCCUGCAAGCGUUGCUGGAGCAGGUUGUCCAGUGCCGCGAUGUUCUUGCGCAGGAGUACUUGUUGGAAGUAAUCACCAAGGUCUUCCCCGAUGAAUUCCAUCUCCAUACGCUCGAUCUCUUACUAUCGGCAAUUUCUCGUCUCAAUCCGCAUGUUGACCUGAAGAAGAUCGUGAUUGGACUCAUGGACCGUCUAUCGGCCUACGCGGCUCGCGAGACAGAAUCGACCACUGACCCCGAAAUACGAAAGCAGAAUGAAGAGGAAGCCGUCACAAAGUUCCUCGAAAAUCUGAAGAUUGCGGAGGAAAAUAAGACCCAAGAGGCUCCCACAGGCACAGCUCAUGAGAACGGCGUUAAGCAGUUGUCAACCGAGCCGUCGAAGGAACCCUCGAAAGACACAGACAAACCAGAAGCAGAGACCCCCAAAGGCGAGCAAGAGUCGAAUGCAAACGGCGAGAACGAUGCAAAGCCUGGCGUCCCAGCAGAUGUCAAGCUAUACGCCAUUUUCUAUGACCAGGUGGUCAAUCUGAUCAAGACCCGGGGCUUGCCAAUCCAAGACACCAUGGCAUUAUUAGUGUCGCUUGUUAACCUGGCUCUGAAUACCUACCCUGACAGGCUGGAAUACGUAGAUCAGGUUCUCGAUUUCGCUACGCGUGAGACAGCUGAAUACGCUGAUCAUGCAGAUCUCCACGCGGCGCCGACCCAGCAAAACCUCCUUCAUCUUCUCCUCGCACCUCUUCGCUCUUAUGUCUCAAUUUUCACAGCGUUGGCAUUGCCCCAUUAUCUCCCGCUGCUGACUUCCCAAUCCUAUCCCACACGACGAUCUGUAGCUGGCGAAAUCGUCCGGAGCCUGCUCAAGAACCGAACCCUGAUCACAACAGCAGAGAACCUCGACCGCGUCCUGGGGGCAUUAAGAGUCCUGAUUAAGGAAGGCUUGCAGCAGGCUGUCGGCUAUCCUGGUUCCCAGCGACGGGGCGGAGAAACGGACGAAACCAUCGAAGAGCAGGGAUGGCUCGCUCGGUUGGUACACCUGAUACAAGCGCCAGAGAAUGACGUCCAAUUGAAGCUCCUUCAAGCCACACGCAAAGCGUAUGCCGACGGCAACGAACGCAUCCGGUACACAACGCCGGCCAUUAUCACUGCAUCUAUUCGACUGGCCCGUAAACUCAAGUCUCGUGAACAUUACGACGACAACUGGCAGUCACAGUCCUCCGCCCUUUAUAGGUUCAUGCACCAGUGCGUAAACAAUCUCUAUCAGCGCGCCAACCCUGGGUGCGCCGACCUGGCACUGCGCCUGUUUGUGAUGUGCGGCGAAGUGGCCGAUCAAACGGGAUUUGAAGAAUUCAGCUACGAGUUCUUUGCCCAAGCAUUCACCAUUUACGAGGACUCCAUCAGUGACUCGCGCGCACAGUUCCAGGCUGUGUGCAUCAUCGCCGGAGCGCUCCACGGAACCCGGGGUUUCUCCAAGGAGAAUUACGACACCCUGAUCACCAAGGCCGCGCUGCACGGAAGCAAACUGCUCAAAAAACCCGACCAGUGCCGUGCCGUGUACCUUGCAAGUCAUCUGUGGUGGGUAGUCGAAAACCCCCAACGAGGCGAAGAGGACCCCAAGAACCUCUACCGCGACGGCAAACGCGUCCUUGAAUGCCUGCAGCGGGCCCUCCGCGUUGCAGACGCCUGCAUGGACACCGCCGUCUCCGUUGAGCUAUUCGUCGAGAUCCUCAACCGCUACGUCUACUACUUCGACCAGCAGAACGAAACCGUCACAACCAAGUACCUCAACGGCCUCAUCGAGCUCAUCCACUCCAACCUGCAAACCAACGAGGACGAGCCGAAUCCCAGCCUCGAGGGUCCAAAGCGUCACUUCCAGCGUACGCUGGAGUAUAUCCGCUCCAGAGAAUACGAGGGCGUUGUCACCGAUCCGAGACAGUGA